GGAAAAUAGGAAGCUAGAAAUAGAAAGGACUCAACUGAGAGUGAUUGGAUCUAGAAUUUUGAAUGAGCUCGAAAUUUCAAUUGAAAGAUUACUGAUUUUGUUGAUCGAAAUUUGAAACUAAAUCGUAGAGCAAUUGUUUUACUGUUUUAUAAGCAGAUCAGAUCGGUAGAGAAAUGCUUCGGUUAAGGGCGUUUCGAGGGACCAAUGACAAGAUUGUCAAGAUAGCAGUGCAUCCAACGCAUCCUUGGUUAGUAACCGCCGAUGCCUCCGAUUAUGUCUCCGUUUGGAACUGGGAACAUCGUCAGAUUAUUUACGAGUUCAAGGCCGGUGGUGUUGACCGUAGACGUCUUGUUGGUGCUAAAUUGGAGAAGCUUGCUGAGGGCGAUGCUUCCAAAGGGAAACAUGCAGAGGCCAUUCGUGGAGGGAGUGUUAAGCAGGUGAGCUUUUUUGAUGAUGACGUGAGGUAUUGGCAAUAUUGGCGUAACCAUUCUGCGGCAGCGGAGGCGCCUUCUGAUACCAAUAAUUUCGAUUCUGCCUUUCGGCCUUCAUCAAUAAGAGGACAACAUUAUCUCGUCGUCUGCUGUGAAAACAAAGCCAUCUUUUUGGACCUGGUUACCAUGCGUGGCCGUGAUGUACCCAAGUUUGAGCUGGACAACAAAUCGCUUCUAUGUAUGGAGUUCCUUCCUUGGUUAGCUACGGGCGAUAGUCCUCUUGUUGCUUUUGGUGGAUCUGAUGGUGUUAUUAGAACCCUUUCAAUGAUGACAUGGAAGCUUGCAGCAAGAUGCAUGGGGGGGCAUAAAGGAUCAAUUUCUUGUAUGAUGACAUUCCUGACUUCUUCUUGUGAGGCACUUCUUAUUUCAGGUGGUAGUGAUGGUUUACUUAUAAUUUGGAAUGCACUCGAAACACACCAUGGUCAUGGUGUGCGAGAUCUUGUAGCCAAGCUAAGCAUGAAGGCACACGACGGUGGAGUUGUUGCUAUUGAGCUUAAUAGAGUGAUUGGAGGCAGUCCUCAACUUAUUACAAUCGGUGCAGACAAGACAUUGGUUAUAUGGGAUACAAACAAAUUUAAGGAGUUACGUCGAAUGAAACCUGUUCCAAAGCUUGCCUGUCAUAGUGUGGCAUCUUGGCGUCAUCCUCGAGCUCCGAACCUUGAUAUUUUGACUUGUGUUAAAGAUUCAUAUAUAUGGGCUAUUGAGCACCCAACUUUUUCAGCACUUACAAGACCAUUGUGUGAUCUGUAUUCACUUAUUCCUCCUCUUCUAGUUGCAACGCAUAAGAAACUCAGGGUUUAUUGCAUGGUUGCACAUCCUUUACAACCUCAUCUUGUUGCUACUGGGACCAAUGUUGGUGUUAUUGUCAGUGAAUUUGAUCCAGAAUCUCUUCCUCCUGUUACUCCUCUCCUAAUGUCAGCCGAAAGUCGAAACCUUUCUGCUGUCUGCAUUCUUGCCAAGGAGCUGAAGCUAUUAAACUUUCAUUUGUCCAACACAACGGAUCCAUCGCUUGGAAAUAAUAGCUCUUUAUCCGAAACAGGAAAUUUAAAGGGAGAUUCACUUGAACCAUUGCAUGUGACUCAGACUAGAAAGCGCAUUAAUGCACCUGUACCUCAUGAUUCAUAUUCAGUUCUUUCAGUAAGCAGUUCUGGAAAGUAUGUUGCUAUUGUGUGGCCUGAUAUUCCUUAUUUCUCAAUCUACAAGGUUAGCAAUUGGUCCAUUGUUGAUUCAGGGAGUGCAAGGCUUCUGGCUUGGGAUACAUGUUGUGACAGAUUUGCUAUAUUAGAGUCUACUUUACCUCCUAGAAUGCCCAUUAUUCCCAAAGGAAGUUCAUCAAGAAAAGCUAAAGAAGCAGCUGCAGCUGCAGCUCAGGCAGCAGCAGCAGCAGCUGCUGCUAAUUCUGCUUCUGCUAAUGUUCAAGUCCGCAUUUUGCUAGAUGAUGGAACAUCAAACAUAUUAAUGAGGUCCAUAGGUAGUCGCAAUGAACCGGUCGUUGGCCUGUAUGGAGGGGCACUAUUUGGUAUUGCCUAUAGAACAUCUCCCAGGAAUACCCUUGGUUCUGCAACAACUAUAUCAACAAUUCAGUCUAUGCCGGUGUCCGGAUUUGGUUCUUAUGAUGAUGGGUUUUCUUCUCAGAGAUCUACUGCUGAGGCAGCGACUCUAAACUUUCAGUUUUUCAGUUGGGAAACUUGUCAACCAGUAGGUAGUUUUCUCCCUCAGCCAGAGUGGACUGCAUGGGACCAAACCGUUGAGUACUGUGCUCUUGCUUAUCAGCGUUAUAUUGUCAUCUCUACAUUGCGCCCCCAGUAUAGAUACCUUGGAGAUGUUGCAAUUAGUCAUGCCACUGGAGCAGUUUGGCAGCGGAGACAAUUGUUUGUGGCUACACCAACUACUAUCGAAUGUGUUUUUGUGGAUGCUGGAGUUGCACCCCUUGACAUAGAAACAAGAAAGAGAAAAGAAGAGAUGAAGCUAAGAGAGGCACAGGCAAGAGCACUUGCUGGUCAUGGAGAGUUGGCUCUAAUCAAUGUAGAUGGUCCCCAAGCUGCUAAAGAAGAAAAAAUAACACUGAGACCACCUAUGUUACAGGUGGUUCGACUAGCUUCUUUCCAACCUGCUCCUUCUGUGCCACAUUUCCUGUCGUUGCCAAAGAAAUUUAAAGUUGGUGGGGAUGACAUGGAAGAAAGAAAGGUUAAUGAGAUAGCUGUUGGUGGUGGAGGGGUCUCAGUAGCAGUUACUCGUUUUCCAACUGAGCAAAAGCGACCAGUCGGACCAGUAAUUGUGGUUGGCGUGAGAGAUGGAGUCCUUUGGCUCAUUGAUAGGUACAUGACCGUGCAUGCCUUGUCCCUAAGCCAUCCAGGAAUUCGUUGUCGGUGUCUCGCUGCUUAUGGAGAUGCUGUUAGUGCGGUGAAAUGGGCAAUUAGGCUUGCCAGGGAACAUCAUGAUGAUUUAGCACAAUUUUUGCUUGGAAUGGGCUAUGCGAAUGAAGCACUUCAUUUACCUGGCAUAUCUAAGAGGUUAGAGUUUGAUUUAGCCAUGAAGAGUAAUGAUUUGAAACGAGCUCUUCAGUGUCUUCUUAAAAUGAGCAACAGCAGGGACAUGGGACAAGAUAAUCCAGGACUCGAUAAGAAUGAUAUCCUUAAUCUAACAGCUAAGAAGGAAAAUUUGGUUGAGGCUGUUCAAGGCAUAGUAAAAUUUGCAAAGGAGUUUUUGGACCUUAUUGAUGCAGCUGAUGCUACUGCCCAGGUUGACAUUGCUCGUGAAGCUCUUAAAAGGUUAGCUACUGCAGGUUCAGUGAAAGGAGCUUUACCGGGGCAUGAGUUAAGAGGACUGGCUCUUCGCCUUGCAAAUCAUGGAGAGUUGACACGCUUGAGUGGUUUAGGAACUAACUUGAUAUCACUCGGAUUGGGACGGGAAGCGGCGUUUGCAGCUGCAUUAUUGGGAGAUAAUGCUCAUAUGGAAAAGGCAUGGCAGGAUACUGGGAUGCUUGCAGAGGCUGUUUUACAUGCACAUGCACAUGGACGAUCAACAUUGAAGAACCUGGUUGAGGCUUGGAACAAAGCGUUACAGAAGGAGGUGGAUCACAUUCCAACGGCAAAGACAGAUGCUACUGCUGCAUUUCUGGCUGCUCUUGAGCUGAAACUUUCGAGUUUGUCAGAAGCAGGGAAGAAACCACCUAUUGAAAUCUUUCCUCCUGGGAUGUCAGCACUCUCUUCUUCAAUUGUUAUUAAGAAAAAUCCUGCUCCUGCAACGCAGACUUCCCAGCAACAAUCGAACACACCAUUGGCAAUAGAAGGACCACGUCCUAGUGGACCAAUUGGAGCACCAAUAGGUGCACCAUCUCCCAGUGCAUCAGCUGCAGUACCAGGCACUCCAAUAGGAGCACCAACUCCAAGUGCACCAGCUGCAACACACGGCACACCAGUAGGAGCAGCACCUCCUGGGGAAGCAGCUGCAAAACAAGGCACACCAAUAGGAGCACCAUCUCUGGGUGCAACAGCUGCAACAUCGGGCAUGCCAAUAGGAGCACCACCUCCUGGCACAGCAGCUGCAACACCGGGCACACCAGUAGGAGCACCACCUCCUGACACACCAACUGCAACACCAGGCAUGACAAUGGGAGCACCACCUCCUGGCACACCAGCUGCAACAGCAGGCAUGGCAAUAGGCGUACCAUCUCCUGGUACAUCAGCUGGAACACCAGGCAUGGCAAUAGGAGCACCACCUCCCAGUACAUCAGUUGCAACACCAGACAUGCCAAUUGGAGCAACUCCUACCAGUGCAGCAGCUCCAGCAGCAGGCACACCUAUAGAAGCACCACCACCUGGCACUCAAGCUGAAACAUCAGCAACACCAUCAAGAGGACCACCUACUGAUGCAUCAGCUGCAACUCCAGGCAUGGCGACAGGAGCACCACCUCCAGCAGCAAAGAAAGGCACAACAACAGGAGCAUCACCUCCAGCAGAAACAUCAGGCAUGACAACAAGAGCACCAACUCCUGAUGCACCAGAUGCACCAGAUGCAACACCUGGCAAGCCAAUAGAAGCACCACCUCCUGGUGCACCAGCUUCAAGACCAGGUACGCCAAUAGGUUCACCACCUCCUGCUGCGCUAGCUGCAACAACAGGCAUGCCAGUAGGAGCACCACCUACCAGUGCACAGGCCGGAAAACAAAGCACGCCAACUGAAGCACCAUGUCCCGCUGCACCAGAUGCAAGACAAGGCUCACCAAUAGGAGCACCAGCAGCAACACCAGGAAUGUCAAUUGGAGCACCAGCUGCAACCUCUGGCACACCGAUAGCAGCAUCAACUCCUGGUGCACCAGCAGCAACACCAAGCACAUCAAUAGGAACGCCACCUCUUUGUGCACCGGCCACAACACCAAGCACGCCAAUAGGAGCACCACCUCCCAAUGCACCAGCUGCAACAGUAGGAAAGCCAAUUGGAGCACCACCUCCUGGUGCACCUGCUGCAGCAGCAACAGGUGCACCACCACCCAUAUCAGGAGCAAGUGAACCUGGUUCAGAUGAUAAAUCUGCUAUUUCCUCAUCAGGCAAUCAACAUACGACUGCUUCAGUAGAAAGUAAUCCAACAAAGUCUAUCAAUGACAAACCAGAUGCAACACCAACAGAUAAACCAUUGGCAGAUGUACCAUCUCUAACACCAGAUAACCAAGAAACAAGUGUUCCAACUACAGACCCAACAAGUGAACCACUUGCUUGAGUCUGUUAGGACUACGACUAGCACAUAAUGAGUUCAUAGUAAUUCAACUGAUUCCAGACAACAACAAUUUGAUUUCAUUCAUAUGAACUACAGUGAUCCUUGAUAGGAUUCGGAAAAAGAACCAGCAUCAGGAGCCCAUUUUUGUGAAUGCAUCAAUGUGAACAUAUUUGAUUUAUCUAGACUUCGGUUUGGCUUGAUCGAAAUCUGUAAGUAGGGAUUAUAUUUGUUCUUGAUUUGGCUUUUCCACUCAAGAGCUGCCCAUAUGAGUAGUUUAAUAGGAUUUGUUGUAGAAUUGUGCUGUAAGCCUUGCUUGUUAUCGAAAUUUUAUCCAGAAUGCAUAUUAAAGUCCAGAGCUUGCAAAA